UUCUUAGUCUUUCAAAAUCAAUAUGGGGUGUUUAAGUUGGAAGCUUCAAGUUUUGUGUCUACUCUCCUUCCUCUUUCAUUCUACUUCAUCGUCUCUUUCUUCUUCCUUGUCUUCAAUCUCACCAUGCUCUGCUUUACUCCAUUUUAAUCACUCUCUUUCUCUUCAUAGAGAUGCUUCUCCUCCUCUUGAUACACCUGAUUAUCCUACUGAAUAUAGAUCUAAUAUUCAUAUGUGUGAUAAUUCUUAUCCAAAGACAGCCUCUUGGAAGGAGGAUAAGGACUGCUGUACUUGGGAUGGCGUCAUAUGUCACAAAACCACACGCCAUGUUAUUGGCCUUGACCUCAGUUGCAGUUGGCUCAAUGGCUCCAUUAAUUCCAACAGCACCCUCUUCUUUCUUCCCCAUCUCAAGAGGUUGAAUCUCGCUGGGAAUUUCUUCAAUUACUCCAUAAUUUCGUCUGAGUUUGGCAAGUUUAAGAGUUUGACUCAUCUUAACCUUUCUCAUUCCAUGUUUUCUGCCAAAAUCCCACAUGAAAUCUCUCAUUUGUCUUCGCUGGUUUCACUUGAUCUUUCUUACAACGAUUGGCUAUUAAUUGCAACGCCAGUAUGGAAAAGAGUCAUUCAUAACCUUACUCAGUUAAGGGAACUUUUUUUGGAUCAGUCAAAUAUGUCCUCAAUUAGACCUAAUUCUUUGAUGAAUUUAUCCUCCUCUUUGACCACUCUUAGUCUCCGUGACUGUAAUUUGCAGGGAAAACUCCAAAAUGAUAUCCUCUCCUUUCCAAGUAUACAAACCCUUGAUCUAGGUUAUAAUAUUAAUCUUGAAGGUUCUCUUUCAAAAUGUAAUUGGAGCAGUAAUUCCCUGAAGUUCUUAAGUCUCUCUGACACAAACUUUUCAGGAAAAUUACCUGAUUCUAUCGGCAAUUUGAAGUCCUUGAAGAGUUUGGCUCUCGGUAAUUGCAAUUUUACAGGGUCAAUUCCAACAUCACUUGGUAACCUCACACAAAUUACUUACUUGUAUCUACAUAGAAACAAUUUUAUUGGGUCAAUUCCAACAUCACUUGGGAACCUUACAAAACUUACUUCUUUGACUUUGUCAUAUAAUAGUUUCAGCGGUCUGUUGCCGUUGUCACUAUUCAACUUGCCGAAUCUCUCAAGUUUAUACCUUCGCUAUAAUCAACUAGUUGGUCCCCUUCCUAAUCACGUAAGUGGGCUUUUGAAUCUAAAUGAACUCUUUUUAGGUUCAAAUUUCCUAAAUGGAACACUGCCAUUUUGGUUGUUCAGUUUGCCCUCUUUAGUGAACUUAGACAUCUCUAGAAAUCAAUUCAUUGGUGAGAUUGGUGAAUUCAAGUCUAAUUCAUUGGAGCGUCUACAUUUGGGUAAUAAUAAGCUACAGGGCUCUAUACCUAGGUCAAUAUCUAGAUUUGUUAACCUUACUUCUCUAACUCUCUCAUCAAAUAACUUGAGUAUUGUGUUGGAGUUAGAAAUGUUUUCAAAGCUCAAAAAUCUCCAAUAUCUUGAUUUUUCAUAUAACUUAGUUAGCAUCAACAAUAAUGUCACCUAUACCCUACCCAAUCUUUACCAUUUGAACUUGUCUUCUUGCAACAUUAGUGAAUUCCCAAUUUUCUUAAGAACGACAACAAACUUACAACUCUUAGACCUUUCCAAGAAUAGAAUUUAUGGUCAAUUUCCAAGAUGGUUGGUAGAUGUGGGGAGGGAUUCAUUAUAUUUUCUUGAUCUUCAUGACAAUUUGCUUCAAGGACCAUUUCCCACUCUAAGUUUUCUUAAUAUGCAAUAUUUGUUUGUCUCAAAUAACAAAUUCACUGGAGAAAUCCCUUCUUUAAUUUGCAACACAAGUGCCCUUGAUGUUCUAGACUUGUCUUAUAACAACUUAAGUGGCAUGAUUCCUAAGUGUUUGGUACAUUCUAAUGUCCUCUCAGUGUUGGAUUUGCGAAUGAAUAGCCUUUAUGGUACCAUCCCUGCUACAUUUUCCAAGAGAAAUAAUUUUAGGAAUAUUAACCUUAAUGGCAAUCAAUUGGAAGGACCAUUGCCACGAUCUUUGGAAAAUUGUAGGUACUUGGAAGUACUAGAUCUUGGUAGUAAUAAGAUAAAUGGAACCUUCCCUUAUUGGUUGGAAGGUCUUUUAUAUUUGCAGGUUCUUGUCUUAAGAUCAAACAAAUUUCAAGGUUGUAUAGGCAAUCCGAAGAUCAAAUCUCCUUUCCCAAAUUUGCGAAUCCUAGACAUCUCUAACAAUGAGUUUAAUGGUCCAUUGCCAAGAAAAUAUUUCAAAUAUUUGAAAGCCAUGACAAAUGUGGAUGAAGGAAAAGUUGCGUUGAAAUAUAUGGGAGACAGGUAUUAUUACGAUUCUUUGAAUGUGAUGAUCAAAGGGUUUUAUAUUAAGUUGGUGAGAAUCCAAACUGUCUUCACGACCAUUGAUUUUUCAAAUAAUAGUUUCAGUGGAGAGAUGCCAAAGAUUAUUGGGAGGCUAAAAUCACUCAAGGGGCUCAACUUUUCUCACAAUAACCUUACAGGUUAUAUUCCAUCAACAUUAGGAAAUUUGCACAAUCUUGAAUGGUUAGACCUCUCUUUCAACAAGUUUACCGGGGAGAUUCCUAGGCAAUUGGCAGAUCUACCAUGGCUUGAAGUUUUAAAGCUGUCGCAUAACCAUCUUACAGGACUCAUACCUUCAGGAAAGCAAUUCAAUACAUUUGAUAAUGAUUCGUACAUUGAAAACCUUGGAUUAUGUGGAUUUCCGUUGUCAAGAAUGUGCAACAACCAUGAGGCAAAAAACCCACCACUAUUGACCUCACAACAAGAAGACAAAUUAGAGCCUGAAAAUGGGUUUGGUUGGCAAGCUGUAUCGAUGGGUUAUGGAUGUGGAGUGCUAUUUGGAAUGUUGAUGGGAUAUCUUAUGUUUAAAAUCGGAAAACCAAAGUGGAUUGUGAGGAUGGUCAAGUUAGAGCAACAUAUCAUGCUCAGAAGGCUGAAGAAGAAUGCCCAAAGACAUGGUGGAAAAAAAUAACAAGUCAAAAAAAUUUGUGGGUGGUUUUGCUAGAGUUUUUCAAGAAGUUUUAUGGUCCCUAUAGACACAGGACACCAUUCUUUUCCAAGUUGGUUAGCAUUGUUGCUGUUGAAGUAUUUGGUUCAAGGUUAUUGCCUCUGAUGUUUUGAAACAUAUCAAUAACCUAUGUGCUCCACCUCUAUGGCUAAUACUAAGAUUGUAUGGGAGUCGUACACGCAUACGCUAGGCUCCCUACCUGCGUAUUGCACUGCUGGGCAGCAUAUUUGGAGGGCCGAGGUGCCGUUGAUAUUCUUUUGGAUAGUGGAGUGGCAUCAUCCUGAGCAAGUCCUCCGUCAGUUUGGGAUGAAGCAACCAGUUCCAAGUGUCGUGGAUACGUCGACUACCCUUCACAAGAUAUCCCUUCAGGGUAAAUGGGAGAAGAACUGGGAGGUAGAACAUGAUCCCUUUAUUCGGCAAUGGGCCAACCGAGUGAAUGUAGUUCGCGGGUCCGAUCUCCUAGACGAUGAUGAUACGUAUCUCGUUGAGUACAUGAUGUGGUACAAUCGCCACACAAGGCGGUACAUAACACCAGAGUCUGCGUAUUGGGAACUCAUGGUUCGGACGAUGAUUAGGUCUAUA